AUGACACAGAACCACCGCUCACCCAACCAAAUCAUAUGGCCAAAUUCCAUCAAAGACGGUCCCAUUCCAACCACAAUCCAAAAAUUCUUCCAGUCCGCGGAUGACGCCACACAUGAAGGCAGCAUCGCAUUCAGCAAAUGCUUCUCACAAACCGGCGAGCUGUUGGCACGAGGAUACACCUGCAAAGGGCAUGAAGAGCUCAUCAAGUUCCGCCAAGGAGCCUGGGACGUUAUCACCUACCGCAAGCACGAGCCACGGAAAGUCUACACCUCUGCCUCCGACGAGAAGGAUCUCGUGGUUCUCGGAAAUGUUAUGUUCAGGCACAAGAAUGGACAGAGGGUGACGCAGGAAUUUGUCGGGAAUUUCAUCUUUGAUGAAGUCAGGGAUGAAGAAGCUCUUAUUCAGAGCUACCAGGCGUGGUUGGACUCAAAGCCGUUGGCGGACUUGAUGGCGGGAGGUUCAUCAUAA